AUGAUGGAAAGCGUAUUAGCUCACGCGCACGACACGGUUCUCUCGCAACCCGUCGACCCGCGCCGUUUUUCCCUCGUCAAAUCGCGACCCGAGAGGCCGGCGGCAUCAACGGCGGUCGGCGCAGAUUCCGCUGACGGGCCGGUGGAGUCAACGGUGGGAAUUAAUUCCCGCCGUGCGCUAUGCCGCGAUGGCGCGGAACAGCCUGCUCGGGACGCGGAAUUGCUGGAGAAGCGGAAGAGUUUCUGCAGCGCCGAGCCGUUCGAUCUGCCGGCGCUGCUGCGGCCGCGUCCCCGGAGCGAGUCGGAUUCAGCGUGUCUAACGUCAGCGACGCCGCCGCCUCAGCGGCAGCGGCGGCGCUUACCCUCCGUUGCUUCUUCUGCUGCUGCUACCAGCAGCAGUACUACCUGCGCGGCGGCCAUCCGUCAGUCCAGGAUGACGGCUGGCGCGUUAGAACUGGCACGGCCUGAGGUUCUCACUCAAUCCCUCGAUUCCGCGCAUGUUUCCCCCGAUUCGCGGCAUCCCCCUUACAGCCAACCGCCUCCCCAGCCACCGCUAUCCCCGCUACUCGCGACCUCCCCGUCGCGCCUCUCACGCGUUUCCACCCCACAAACCAUGCUCCACCUCGCGACGGCCACCGCACCCCACACCGCAACCACCACCCCUACCACCCCCGCCUCCCCAACCACCGCUAUCCCCGCUCCCCAUCGGAGGCAUGAUCUUGAUCAUGAUCUCCCCGCUAGGAACCCGUUCGGAUCCGCGCAACUCCCGCGGAAGCUGGUCAUUCCCCCCCUCCGCCCGCCGCAGUUGCGCUACUCGCGGCCCUCCUCCGCCGUCGCGUCGUCGUGGGACGUCCCCCCGUUCUCCUCCAAGCGCCAGUGCCUUCCCGCGCGGAACGCGGAGGCGCGCGGAGGUUCCGCGCGUGGGGAAGCGCUGAGCGGAGGGACGAGGGAAGGGGAUGGGAAAGGUAUGGGGGGGGUAUGGGAAACGUGUGGGGACGAGGAUUGGGAGGGGGGCGGGGUUGAUGGGAGUGCCCUGGGGGACACAUGGGGGGAAUAUGAUGGACGGAAGGAGAGGGAGGGGGGAGGGGCAGAGGAGGCGGAGGGGGAAGUUGAGGGGGGAAGGCAGCAACAACAGCAGCAGCAGCAGCAGCAGGAGCGGGCGAGGGAGGCGAAGGAAGUGGCGAUGGAUAACGGCAUUGUAGAGGGGCCCGCGGUGCGGGUGCUGGGCAGCGUAAUGACCGACGAGACUGUUCCCGAGGGUCACCAGGGACUCCACGGGUUCCUCUACGGCUCGCAGGGCGCAGACGUGCACGACGCGCCGUCGCAGUCGUACGCGUUACAGCAGGGCGAGGACGACGGGUCGCUGCAGCUGCCGCUCUCCGACUACGUCGCGCGCCGCGAGACGCUCAAGCUCGCCGGAAUCUACGCCGUGUACGACGCGGCGGGCGCGCUGCAGUACGUGGGGUUCAGCCGCAGCAUCGUGCUCGCGCUCAAGGGCCACGUGGCGUUCGUCGGCGCGGAGCGCGCGAGCAGCGUGCGCGUGCGCGUGUACAGCGACGCGGCGAUGAUCACGCGCGCGCGGCUCGAGGAGGAGCGGCAAAAGUGGAUCCCGCAGCUCAUGGCGCUGUCCGGUGCUGCUGAUUCGCAGAAGCUUCCUCCCGGCAACAGCGCUGACCUCGCGGAGUGGGAGGGGCCGAGCGGGCCGGGCACGGCGGCGAUGAGCGCGGCGGAGAUGGCGGAGUACGAGGAGAAGAAGCUGAAGCUGCGCAAGGCCAUGGGGGAGAACCUCGCGGACGACGUCGAGGACGAGACGGAGGACGCGCGCACGCGCCGACUCAACCUGCUCAGAGCCACGGAGGGCGACGACUGGAGCGCCGUGAUCAACAGACAGACAGCCUCCACUCUACCCGCGGACGCCACUCCAGUCGCAGCAUCAGCAGCAGCAGCAGCAGGAGCCACAGACUCUGCCACGGGCGCUAUCGUGAGCCCGUUUGCACGGGGCGCGGGCAGCAAGGGGGGCGUGAAGGAGGAGGUGGAGAUGACGGUGGCGGCGGUGGAUGCGGCGUUGGAGGCGGUGCGGCCGUACCUCAUUGCGGAUGGCGGCAAUGUGGAGGUGGCUGGGAUCAGCAAUGGCGUCGUGUCUGUCCGCCUGCAGGGCGCGUGUGGCACGUGUCCCAGUUCCACCUCGACCAUGAAGAUGGGCAUCGAGGCGGAGCUGCAGCGCUGCUUCCCCACACAGCUCAAGGAGGUCGUGCAAGUGGAUGUCAUCGACACCUCUGUCACCGUUGCCUCAGUGGACGGGCAUCUGGACAUGCUGCGGCCGGCCAUCAGUGGGUUCGGAGGCCGCGUGCAGGUGUUGGAAGUGAACGAGGCGGAGGGCACGUGCCGUGUGGCGUAUGAGGGCCCUCCCACUGUCGCCAUGGGCAUCCAGGCUGCUAUCAAGGACAAGUUCCCUACUCUGAAAACUGUGGAGGUUGUUGGGUUCGCGUAA